UUAGAGCCUCUCUUUGCUAUUCGACGAAGCCCUCUUAACCCUAGGGUUUCUUAAGUCUCUAGAUCUGGCAGAUCUCGUCCGAUUUUAAUCUCAGUUAAGAGAGUCUUGGGUCGCAAAACCAUUUAUUGAGUUAGGGUUACGAUUGUAUCGGUCAAUUCUUGGGAAAUCCCGAUUUGAAAAUUGAAAACAGUGCUCUGUAUCGAGAGGAUGUCGAGGUGCUUUCCGUACCCUCCUCCCGGGUAUAUAUUGAGUAAAGCCGGCAAUGAGGCCUUGAUCGAAUCGAUUAAGCUCCAGAAGGAGUGGGAAAAGACAAAGGCAGAUAGGAAGAAAGAGAAGAAGAGGGAAAAGAAGGAGAAAAAGAAAGCAGAGGAACAAAAAGCAAGGCAAACCAAGGCAAGUCAAUUUGAUCAUGAUGCUUGUGGAGGUGAAAGUUGGGAAAAUGUCAAAGGCGGGUUUCUCCAGAAAGAAAGAAAAGAUGAUUCUGAGCAAUUGGAAAGGAGCGGUAUCACAGAAGAACACGAGCAGCCAGUCUGUUCACAACACCCGAGCUAUUCAUCCGAUAGCACUCAGAAUAGCAACAAGCGCAAGAGGCAUGACUCCCCUUUGAAUGGAACCCGUGUUCAAGGCAACAUUUUGAGGAUUCGAUUACCCUCUCAAAAGCACAUUCAACAUGAUUCUAAAGAUCGUGAUGAACUGCUGUGCUCCUCUUCUGGAAGGACUGAUAUUCCUGCUGAACAUAAAGACGCAAGAGCUGAUCCAGAUAAAUCAUGCUCUACUUCACUGGGAAGUGACUUGGUUCUUCAUGGCCUUCCUCUUAGAUCCGAUCAAGGGUUGGCUCGGGGGAAUUCUUGCCAGCAACCUGAUGUCACGUCUCAGGAAAUUGUACACACUGAUUCUGGCUCCAAAAGACAUAGGAAAUUGAAACGGGCUGUUAAACGGUACACGGAUUUGAUAGAGAAUUGGACCCCUCCUAGCCGACUUAGUGAGCAUACUGAAAUUGAUGAUGAGGGGUGGUUGUUUGGAAGUAAGCAUGCAGAAAAACAGCCAGAGAAGAAGGUUAGAAGCAGCAGCGAUAUUUCCUGUUCCAGCAGCUGGUUGUUGUGGCCCAGGGCUUGCUACUUGCACGAUGCAGAUAUAUACGCCUUGCCGUAUACGGUUCCCUUUUGAGUUUGUGCUCGCUAAAGAAGAGCUUAGUACGCUGACCUUGGAAUUUUGGUAGUUUAUCUCUAAGGGUAGUGUUGUCGUUGUAAACAUUUAUAGUGCUUUCUGUUUGUGCCAAUUAGAGCUGGGCUGCAAUUCAAAGAAAUGUGCAUCGACUUUUUGAUUAGAGUUGAUAUUUGAGAGAGGGUGCGAUUCUUUGUUCGCAACAGAUAAUUGAAAUGCUACUAUUAAUACAAAUCGUGCUUUGUUCCAUA